CUGAGAAAUUGUUCAUUUCGAGUAAUCGGGUGGACUUUAGUCUGAGUCAACAUUAUCAAAGUUCUCAGUUCAGUGUUUUAUCCAGCUUUUACGUUUUAUCAGUACGUUACAUUAAAACAUUUAUUAAAAAUUUGUUAGAGCCUAAUUAAAAUUGUUGCCGUGUUUAUAAUUUUGCUGUUUGAACAAUUCUUAAAGAUUGCCUUUCUACGGCUAACAUUAACUAUGCAAAAGUAUGAGAAGUUGGAAAAAAUAGGAGAAGGAACGUAUGGAACAGUUUUCAAGGCCAAGAAUAGAGAAACACUUGAAAUAGUAGCUCUUAAAAGGGUCAGACUCGAUGAUGAUGACGAGGGUGUUCCGUCCUCAGCUCUCCGGGAGAUUUGCCUGUUGAAGGAGCUGAAACACAAGAACAUUGUGCGUCUGUAUGACGUGCUUCACAGUGACAAGAAACUGACUUUGGUGUUCGAACACUGCGACCAGGACCUCAAGAAGUACUUUGACAGUCUCAACGGCGAGAUCGAUCUGGACGUUGUAAAAUCAUUCAUGUUUCAGUUACUGCGAGGUUUAGCGUUCUGUCACAGCCAUAAUGUUCUACACAGAGAUCUUAAACCACAGAACCUUCUUAUCAACAAGAAUGGAGAAUUGAAGCUGGCAGAUUUCGGGUUGGCCCGAGCGUUUGGUAUCCCAGUGAAGUGCUACUCAGCAGAAGUGGUAACUCUCUGGUACCGACCACCCGAUGUUCUCUUUGGUGCCAAAUUGUACACUACUUCCAUUGACAUGUGGUCAGCUGGCUGCAUCUUUGCCGAGUUGGCUAAUGCUGGACGACCACUGUUUCCCGGAUCCGAUGUGGAUGAUCAGCUGAAGCGGAUCUUCAAGCUGUUGGGUACACCCAGCGAGGAGACAUGGCCCGGCCUCACACAACUGCCUGACUACAAGCCAUUCCCCCUGUAUCAGCCCACCAUGAGUCUUUUGCAGGUGGUUCCCAAGCUAAACAGCAAGGGCAGGGACCUCCUACAGCGACUGCUAGUGUGCAAUCCAGGGCAGCGGAUGGCAGCAGACGACGCUAUGGCACAUGUCUACUUCGCUGACCUCCCCCCCUCCAUCCGCCAGUGAGCUCCACCCACUCCUCCCUUCUCAGACUGACAGAUUUAAGCGAUUUGACCGUUGCUCAUUCAACACCAAAUAUGUUGUCCGUGUAAAAAAUCUCUGAACUGAUUGGAAAUGUUCAAUUUUAUACCCUCAAAAAAAUCCGAAAUGGUUUUACUGGUAUAUGCCAUAAAGUAACGUGUACUUAUGUAACCACUCAUUCAUUACGGUUGUGUACUGAAACAAAGCUGUUGGUGUUUAGGAAAAUAUAAUUUAAAUAAUUAAUUAUUCACCUAGUUAUCUAAAAGUGGACAUUAACGAUUCUGUUAAAUUUUAAAAAGUGACAAUGGAUUAUGAUCAUUAGCAGUUCAAACUCUAUUUUCAUUUUCGGAUCUCAUGUUGUAUUAAGUAUAAACAUUAGCUACCCAGU